CUUCCUCUUUCUCCGCUGUAGCCACCGUUGAGCCCAGCCGCAGAGGCCCUGUAAGCAUCCUUCCUCUCCCGCCAGCGGUGAGUCUAAAAGCUGGGAACCAUGACAACUCACGUAACCCUGGAAGAUGCUCUGUCCAAUGUGGACCUCCUGGAGGAGCUGCCAUUACCAGAUCAGCAGCCAUGCAUCGAGCCACCUCCAUCAUCCAUUAUGUACCAGGCCAACUUUGAUACAAAUUUUGAAGACAGAAAUGCUUUUGUAACUGGCAUUGCUAGAUACAUUGAGCAAGCAACAGUGCAUUCUAGCAUGAAUGAGAUGUUGGAGGAAGGGCAUGAAUAUGCAGUAAUGCUUUAUACUUGGAGGAGCUGCUCCAGAGCUAUUCCCCAGGUAAAGUGUAAUGAGCAACCAAACCGAGUAGAGAUUUAUGAGAAGACAGUGGAAGUCUUAGAGCCAGAAGUGACAAAACUCAUGAAGUUCAUGUACUUUCAGAGAAAGGCCAUUGAACGAUUCUGUGGUGAAGUCAAGCGUUUGUGCCAUGCAGAGAGAAGGAAAGACUUUGUUUCAGAAGCGUAUCUACUGACAUUGGGGAAGUUUAUCAAUAUGUUUGCAGUCUUGGAUGAAUUGAAGAACAUGAAGUGCAGUGUCAAAAAUGACCACUCUGCUUACAAAAGAGCAGCCCAGUUUUUAAGAAAAAUGGCUGAUCCUCAGUCUAUUCAGGAAUCACAGAACCUGUCCAUGUUUCUAGCAAACCAUAAUAGGAUCACUCAGUGCUUGCAUCAGCAGCUGGAAGUAAUCCCUGGUUAUGAAGAACUGUUGGCUGAUAUUGUCAACAUCUGUGUGGAUUACUAUGAAAACAAGAUGUAUUUGACACCCAGCGAGAAGCAUAUGCUUUUGAAGGUCAUGGGUUUUGGUCUGUACCUGAUGGAUGGAAAUGUCAGUAAUAUUUACAAAUUAGAUGCCAAGAAGAGAAUCAACCUCAGCAAAAUUGAUAAAUUCUUCAAGCAGCUGCAGGUGGUUCCUUUAUUCGGCGAUAUGCAGAUAGAGCUGGCCAGAUACAUUAAGACCAGUGCUCACUAUGAGGAGAACAAAUCCAAAUGGACAUGCACUCAGAGCAGCAUCAGUCCACAGUAUAACAUCUGUGAGCAGAUGGUACAGAUCCGAGAUGAUCAUAUCCGGUUUAUCUCUGAACUUGCUCGCUACAGCAACAGUGAGGUUGUAACUGGUUCAGGAUUGGACAGUCAAAAGUCAGAUGAAGAAUAUAGGGAGCUUUUUGACCUGGCUUUACGGGGACUUCAACUUUUAUCAAAGUGGAGUGCACAUGUGAUGGAAGUGUAUUCUUGGAAGCUGGUCCAUCCCACAGAUAAGUUCUGUAACAAAGAUUGUCCAGGCACUGCUGAAGAGUAUGAGAGAGCUACAAGAUACAAUUAUACCAGUGAGGAAAAGUUUGCUUUUGUAGAGGUUAUUGCUAUGAUCAAGGGCCUGCAAGUGCUCAUGGGUCGCAUGGAGAGUGUCUUCAACCAGGCUAUCAGGAACACAAUCUAUGCUGCUCUACAGGACUUUGCUCAGGUAACCCUGAGAGAGCCCCUGAGGCAAGCAGUCAGGAAGAAGAAAAAUGUCCUCAUCAGUGUUCUUCAGGCAAUUAGAAAGACAAUCUGUGAUUGGGAGGGAGGACGUGAGCCUCCAAAUGAUCCCUGUCUGAGAGGGGAGAAAGACCCCAAAGGUGGUUUUGAUAUCAAAGUCCCACGACGAGCUGUUGGACCUUCCAGUACACAGCUUUAUAUGGUGAGAACCAUGCUAGAAUCCCUCAUUGCAGACAAGAGUGGUUCAAAGAAGACUCUCAGAAGCAGCCUGGACGGGCCAAUAGUUCUGGCCAUUGAAGAAUUCCAUAAACAGUCCUUCUUCUUUACACAUCUUCUGAAUAUAAGUGAAGCCCUCCAACAAUGCUGUGAUUUGUCCCAACUUUGGUUCCGAGAAUUUUUUCUGGAGUUGACCAUGGGUCGCCGAAUUCAGUUUCCCAUUGAGAUGUCAAUGCCCUGGAUUCUAACUGAUCACAUCCUGGAUACCAAAGAACCAUCCAUGAUGGAAUAUGUGCUCUACCCACUGGAUCUCUACAACGAUAGCGCAUAUUAUGCUUUGACCAAGUUUAAAAAGCAGUUUCUCUAUGAUGAAAUUGAAGCAGAAGUGAACUUAUGUUUUGAUCAGUUUGUGUAUAAACUGGCAGAUCAAAUCUUUGCUUACUAUAAAGCAAUGGCUGGCAGUGUUUUACUGGAUAAGCGCUUCCGGGCUGAAUGUAAAAAUUAUGGAGUGAUUAUCCCUUACCCACCAUCAAAUCGCUAUGAAACAUUGCUCAAACAAAGACAUGUCCAGCUGCUAGGCAGAUCCAUUGACUUGAACAGACUUAUCACUCAGCGUAUCUCAGCUGCAAUGUACAAAUCAUUAGAUCAGGCUAUUAGCCGCUUUGAAAGUGAAGAUCUGACGUCCAUAGUGGAACUUGAAUGGCUUUUGGAGAUCAAUCGUUUGACACAUAGACUCUUGUGCAACCACAUGACCUUGGACAGUUUUGAUGCCAUGUUCCGCGAGGCCAAUCAUAAUGUUUCAGCUCCUUAUGGGCGUAUCACGUUGCAUGUCUUCUGGGAGCUAAACUUUGACUUUUUACCUAAUUAUUGCUACAAUGGAUCUACUAACAGGUUUGUGCGGACAGCAAUUCCAUUCACCCAAGAACCCCAGAGAGAUAAACCCGCCAAUGUUCAGCCGUAUUAUCUUUAUGGCUCAAAGCCACUCAACAUUGCAUACAGCCACAUUUAUAGCUCUUACCGAAACUUUGUGGGACCCCCACACUUCAAGACAAUCUGCCGACUUCUUGGAUACCAAGGGAUUGCUGUUGUGAUGGAAGAACUGCUGAAGAUUGUCAAAAGCCUGCUGCAAGGAACCAUCCUUCAGUAUGUGAAGACCUUGAUAGAGGUGAUGCCGAAGAUUUGCCGCCUGCCAAGGCAUGAGUAUGGAUCUCCAGGAAUCCUGGAAUUUUUCCACCACCAGCUGAAAGACAUAAUUGAAUAUGCAGAACUAAAGACUGAUGUAUUCCAAAGUCUGAGGGAAGUGGGUAAUGCCAUUCUUUUCUGCCUUCUCAUAGAACAGGCCCUGUCCCAGGAAGAAGUGUGUGAUUUGCUGCAUGCUGCUCCCUUCCAAAAUAUUUUGCCCAGGGUCUACAUCAAAGAAGGAGAACGCUUGGAGGUACGCAUGAAGCGUCUCGAAGCCAAAUAUGCCCCACUUCACCUGGUUCCCUUAAUAGAGAGGCUGGGAACUCCUCAGCAAAUAGCCAUAGCCCGUGAAGGAGACCUGCUGACCAAGGAGAGAUUGUGCUGUGGGCUGUCCAUGUUUGAAGUUAUCCUGACCCGCAUUCGUAGCUACCUCCAAGAUCCCAUCUGGCGUGGGCCUCCCCCAACAAACGGCGUCAUGCAUGUUGAUGAAUGCGUUGAAUUUCACCGGCUCUGGAGCGCCAUGCAAUUUGUAUACUGCAUUCCAGUUGGAACAAAUGAAUUCACUGCUGAACAGUGCUUUGGAGAUGGCUUAAACUGGGCUGGUUGCUCAGUCAUAGUUCUUCUGGGACAACAACGUCGUUUUGACCUUUUUGACUUCUGCUAUCAUCUGUUAAAAGUGCAAAGACAGGAUGGGAAGGAUGAAAUCAUAAAGAACGUGCCACUUAAGAAAAUGGCUGACAGGAUCAGGAAGUACCAAAUUCUGAACAAUGAGAUUUUUGCCAUCCUGAACAAAUACAUGAAAUCGGUGGAAACAGACAGUUCAACAGUUGAGCAUGUGCGCUGCUUCCAGCCCCCCAUCCAUCAGUCCUUGGCCACAACAUGUUAAAUAUUCAGCCUUGGAAAUACAGUGUGAAGAUUUGUGUCUUUCCAUUGGACAUUGGUGAGAAAAGUUGGACUUCAGCUGUUGGAAGCCAAACAGCUGCAAACACAGGUCUCCGCAACAAAGCAGGCAUGGAUGGAUCCAGUACACAAAGAUGCAUUUCCUAGAAGACUCAUUUGAAUGCAUGUUCUUCUAUAUCUUUCUGGCUGGCUUUACCUAUAGUGUUGAAACUGUGGUGAGAAGAAGCAGAAAGUGUAUUUUUUCCUCCUGGGGUUUCCUUUAUUUUCAUGACAACCCAUAAUCCAUCUGAUCAAGCACAAAAAUCUGCAGUCUUUAAAUGGUCAUUGUUUUUGAGAUUCCAACGAAAGAAGCCCACAUUUCAAAAUGUUGCCAGUCUUCCACUUGGUGCAUACUGAAAUAACAGCAGUUUUCCUUGAUAACUUGGUUUUGUGAUAUAAGUGCUUAAACAUUUUGAAAUAAUGAGUUUCUCCCCUACAAGUGAUACAGAAAAGGCAUUCUAUCAUUUUACAAUAGCAUAUAAUUGUUUACUUGAAAUUAACAGGUUUCUGCUAUACUGUGUUAUCUCACUUUCUAGAUUUACUUUGCUAAGCCAAAUUUGGAAUUAGUUUACAGUGGCAUAUUAACAAACAAACUCAAUUUUUGCAUUGACUGACAGUGCUACGGAGAAAGGGAAACAAAGUAAUGCUUUCUUUUCAGUCUCUUUCUUGACAUGAAUACAUCUGAGCUAAUAUUUGUUUCUUACUGUUAGAAUUACAGACAGUCAUUGUCUAUAUGUGAUACACAUUGUAAUGGCCUCAGCCCUUAGUGAAGUUAGCAGGCCACAUCUUCUUCAAAGAUUGAUUGGAAAUGGGGUUCAUAUUUUGAGCUGAGCAUCUUUUUCUCUUUGGAAUGCUUUUAGUAGAAGAAUGAGAUGGUUAUAUGUCUGUAUUCCUGAAAAUGGGAAUCUAUGAUAAUUCAAAAUUACAGAUCCAUAUUUAUAAUCGAAAGGAAAUGCUGUUAGGAAUACAUACAACAAAAUCUUUGAUUCAAACAACAGCUUGUCUUCCUUUAAUAUGUAUGGUUCCAAUGACAUAUUGAUUUCCCAUAGCUGAUUUUAAAAAUGAAAAAGCUUAUAGAAUGAAGGGGAGAGAUAAUUUUAAAACACAUAAGUACUUUUCUUCAUAAUAGAUCUCUUACUUUCUUCAUCCAGGAGAUAAAUCCACACAGUCAAAAGAAAUUAAGUCAGGCACUUUCCAUAACACACAGUCAAGAGAAACUACACACAGUCAAGAGAAAUUAAGUCAGGCACUUUCCAUAACAGAUAUGUAUAGGAAAAGGUACACUUUAAAGAGACAAGAUUGGGCAAGAAUGAUGAAAGAGAAACAAUUAAGUCAGUCACAACUCUUCUUUAUCAGGUGAGAAGAUCUUUGCAACUGCAAAUAUGACAGUAAAAUAGAUUCUGAGGAUAAAAGCAACCCAGUUUAGCAAGUCUCAUUAUCCAAGCAGAACUGGUUUAAUUACUAAAGCCCAAGCAUGUAACAGGUCAGAAAAGGAAACGUAGGAUCUUUUAAGACGUAAGAGAAUAAUUCAUUUCUGAGUUCUUUUGGUAUAGUCUAAGGGACUUGAUUUAUCUAUCAAGGUCCCCUAUAAUUCUCCAGGGUAAAAAGAGGAAUUUUAGAAUGAAGUCCUUUAACAUUUCAGUGGUUCAGAUAAAUGUCCUAUAAAGAAAAUAUAAGUUGCUCUAGUGUUGGUUACAGUUUCAAAAUUAAUUCAAAAUAUUAAAGAUUUGGACAGUUUUCCUUGUUUUUGAGAACAGCAGGGGUAUAGUGUAUUAAAAAGUUCCUGUAUGUAAAUGAAUGAUAGUGUGCAAAACAAUAGUUGUCUUCUAUUCAUCUAUGGAGGCUCAAUCAUUAGAACAUCUUGGUAAUUUGUUGCCGAUGCCAUUUUAAAGUAAUGAUCUGUGAAAUUCUGGAGAUGGGGGUAGAGGUGUUUUUCUGUUCUUUAGCCUGCAAAAAAUAAAGCCAGGCUCUUCCAGUGUUGGAUAUUUCCCAACAGUUCCAGCCUCUUCCAUAACAGUUGGCUUUUAACCUUAUCUUAUUCAAGUCUACUUUGCCAAAUUUGCUGCCCUUCAGAAUUUUGGCCCCUGCUCUGAUGGGAAGAUGCCAAAGAAGGACAAUCUAGCUAAGUUUUUGUUUCCCAUCAUUUAGAUUUUAGAAAUUUUCAUCUAUGCUUUUUCUUCUUUAUCAUAAAUGCAUAUUUAAUUACUGUUCAUCACAAUGAGCCAGGUUAUUAAACCAGAAUCUAUUAAUAAUGAUAAAAAGAGAAAAAAACUUAGCUUAAUGUUAUCUGUUUUCAAUCUUGUAAGAACAUUAUAUCGUAAGCAACAGCAGCAGCAUAAGAUUAUUAGUAUUAAGUAUGUGGCCUUUCUUAAAUGCCUUCUUUCCACUGGAGAUUUACACCUCUUUAUAUAGAAGUUGAUGGAAUAUUGUUUCACAUAUCAUUUCUGCUUCCUAUGCAUAAGAGGUACAGAGGUAGCUAUUUAAGUGGUAAGAUAUUUGAGCUUUUUUCAUGCAACCAUGAUACCAGCAACACUAAGCCCUCUAUCUGAGAGCAUCAAAGCAGAAAUUCAAAUAUAUAGUUUUCUUAUUUGUACUAAGGAGAUAUUUACCUAAUCAUACAUUGUUUGCUUUUCACAUGAGGUCAUAUCUUGCCACACCAGAUUCCAGGUUGAAUAGAAGUCAACAUCUGUACAAUUGUAUGUGUGGAAACUUUUUCAGAACAAUAAGUAUAUUGCGUAGGCAAAUGUCUGAUUUAGUGUAAUAUCUCAGGUGUGAUUCUGGGACUGGGCUUAACAUUCAUUCAAUGGGUUUGUAGUGGUUAAAUAAGGGUAUCUUGUAUUAAUGGAAAUAUGAAAGGCUCAUAGAAUUAAGACUCUGUACACAGGCAGCAAUGGUGAACAAAAGAGUUGAGAGAAAGGAAAUGUCCUACUUUUUUCAAUCCCAAAUGUCUGGCAGAACAGUUUGAGUGUUUUCUGAAAGACAGAACUCCUUAAUAACACUGUUUCUACCAUAGUGAGCCUUCAUUAACUUUAAAAAACAAAG